CCAUAAAAAUAAUACACUGCAGGUGGAUGGAUCGGCGUCGCAUGUGCGUGCUCGAAAGAAAAAACAAAAAAUAAGUCGAACAAGGCUGGGAGGGGCUAGCGACGCAACGGGCAAGCAACCAAGACCCGGCUAAGAACAGUGCAGCUCGCAAGACAGGCCAUUGGCAGUUGAUUGAUCAAAGCCCGGGCCUCCCUUCAGCUUGACCGUCGCACGCGUAGGUACUUUACAGCCCCCAGACAACGGCCGCCGGACGGGGCAUGUCGUUCAAAUCUCUCCUGCCUCGCCGCCUCCUUUGCAUUGAUCUGCCCUCGCUCGUCGACGCGCAUCCGCGACACCUCUCCCAUAAUUAACCCUCUGCAUCCCCGAGUCUCCAUCCACACUCCCGCCGCCCACCUUGCCCCCGACCGUCUCAGGAGUUCGCCAGUCACGACAGACCCGCACACCACACCAAUCGAGUUUCAUCAUGAGCGUAAGCAUCCCAACUUUCCGACAUGGCAUUCCACCAUUCAUUUGAUUCACUUCUCCACGAACCUCUCUCGUGCCCGCCUUCCCUCCUCCACCGACUUAGUCACCCAGCCAAACAACACUAUAGCAUCCAUUCACUAACCUCAUGGCUUCACAGUACGGAAACGGUGGUUACCAACAGAUGGGCUACGGCGCCAACCCCUAUGAUCAGCGCACCGACGACCAGAGCGCCGGUCGCUACAACAACUACGCCCAGGGCCACUACGAUGACCCCAGCGCCGUCGAGAUGCAACCUUAUGGCCAGAACGGCGGUGCCGCCGACCCCAAUGCCAUCCUCAACGAGUGCCGUGAAGUCGACCGCGCCCUCGACCAGCUCGACAACCAACUCGACAACCUAGAGCGCACAUUCAAGCAGGUUCUCGCCCGCCCAGACAUGCCCUCCGGCGAAAUCACAAACCUCAGCUCCCAGAUCAUGACGGGAUACCGCGCCCUUGUCACACGCGUCAAGAACAUCAAGUCGAAGCCCGAAUCAGGAAACCCGCGCAACUCCCCACAGGUUGGCAAGGUCGACCGUCGGCUGAAGGCUACCAUCAACCGUUACCAAAGCCUUGAAUCCGAGUUCCGACGAGACUCGCAGGCUGCCGCUGAGCGACAGUACCGCAUUGUCCGCCCAGAUGCCACGGAGGAGGAAGUCCAGCAGGCCGUCGAGGACCCCAGCGCCCCCAUCUUCCAACAAGCUCUUCUCAGCUCCGACCGCCGUGGUCAAGCAUCAUCUACCCUCCGCAAUGUCAAGGAACGUCACGAAGCCAUCCAGAAGAUUGAGCAGCAAAUGGUGGAGCUUGCACAACUGUUCCAGGACCUUGACCAGAUCGUCAUGCAGCAGGAGCCCCUUGUCGAGAACAUUGAGCAGAAGGGCGAGGAGAUCCACGAGAACGUCGUGCAAGCAAACACGGAGAUCGGAGGCGCCAUUGAAAAGGCUCGCAGUGCUCGCCGCAAGAAGUGGUGGUGCGCGCUCAUUGUCGUCAUCAUCCUCAUCAUCAUCGCCGUCGUGGUUGCCAUCGUCGUCACCCGCAACCAAAGCAACAACAAUAACAACAAACCCUAA